AUGCGCGCUCUCACCCCGCCGGUGAGGGGCGGGGGCCGGAGCUGGAGUUGGGCCGGGCCCAACCUGAACUCCUCCCUCUUAGGACGAUGCUCUUCGGCCUCGGCCGCGCCCCGCCCCCUCCCAGCAGCGCCGGGAGCGGCUCACGCCAAGGCUGGGGGAGGGGAGGCCCCUCGCCGGGGCGGAGCCUGGGGCCUGCGAGGCGGGACUUGGGCGGCCCUUUUUCAGAGAAGCGACUCUGCGGGAAGUGCCCGCCCGUGGCUAGCUGUUCCGGCCGGGUGGAGCCGCUACCCCGUGUCCGGACCCCGAGCGCCAGGAACAAGGCCUAUGGCAGUGGCUUUUAAGGAUGUGGCCAUAUACCUUACCCAAGAAGGGGGAUGGGGGCAGCUGGACUCUGGGCUGUACGGGGAUGUUAUGCAGGAGAACUACAGGAACCUGCUGUCACUGGAUGAGGCACGUGAGGCACAGAGAAGUUGUGUUUUACCCAUGGCCAAACAGUUACUAAGAAUCAGAGGUGUGGAGGCAUUGGAUGUUGCUGUUUUCAUCCAGACUAAUUGCUGGGGCUUCUCCACUCCCUCCUCCUCUGUAGGAUCCGAUACGUCUCCUACUGGCCUACAACCUACAUCCUCAGAAUCACUCCUCUAGGAACAGUACUCAGAGGUAGGAAGAUAUUGGUAUGGCUGCCUCUUAUGGACUUUUCUUGGGAUCCUAGGGAUCAGGGUCCUUCUAACCUUUGCUCUUCCUCAGGGAGUUCUCUGAGAAGAUGACACACAAGAACUGGAAUAAGAAGGUCCCCUUUGUACUAUUUAAUUGCUUAGAAAGAUCUUUGGAAAGUUAAAACCUUAUCACUUGAUUAAUGUUUUCAGGAGCCCUGGUUGGGACUGUUUUUCUAUCAUAUCUUCAAGACCCAUCUCCAUUGGCUUCACCUUGUUUGGAGGGAACCUCUCCCUUGGUCUAGAUAGCAAGCCACUUCCCAUUAUUCUCAUUUUAAACUUGUGGAAAAAGAAGCACAACAGGAAACAACCUCAGGGAGGAAGCAGAGAAACAAAAAGGUAGCCAGACUGAGGAUCGGAUGAACAGGAGACUGAUUCUAAGCAAGUUUCCCUCCCAUCCCCACCCCCUGAGAUCAAACUAGAAACCAAUCUAACCUGAAGAUUAAUGAGACACUUCACAUUCUUCACAUUGUUCUUCUAGAAGGAAUG